UCGUGUUGCGCCUGCGCACAGUUGGCUUUCUACCGUUGACGUCUUCGGAUUUGUGCGAUUCUUGACGCGCAGCAGUUUUUUCGCGUUGGUUUCGCGUGUGCUUCCGUUUCGGCUUUAGCUACACAGCCGCUGUGGACGUGGACUCUCUCAGAUAGACAGUGCAACCCAUACAUAUACACGCAUACACACACGCGCGCGCCGCAUUUAGAGUGGCAUAAUAAUAAAAAAAGCAAGCAACAGAAAUUGGAACAACCAAUAAAAUAAGUGGCCAGUUCAAUAAUAGAGUGUGCAACAACAACAACAACAGCAACAACAAAAGCAACAAUAACAACAGUGAUAAAUAUGUUUAAAAUGCGUUACAAAAAUUGUGAAAAUGGUUGACAAAAAGUUGAGAGCAAGACCACAGAUUGCUCCAGAUAGUGUCUGAAUAUCUAAUUAAUCGUCUACGCAUAUAUAUAUAUAGAGAGAUAAAUAAAUAAAUAAUAAUUAUAUAUAUAUACAAGCAAAUAGAAUAGAAAACGAAGUGCAAGUGCAAUCAGGCAAACGUGCAAUACAUUUAAUCAAAACAAGCAAAGGAAAUACACAAAAAAGUUAAAAUUCAAACCAACAAAUAUAACAAAGAUAUAAAUAUAUAUAUAUAUAUAUAUAUCUAUAUUCAACAUAUAAAAAAAAAUCUAUACUCUGCCCGUCAACAACAACAAUCAAAACGAACUCCUCAAGAACGCUGUUGUAAAUAUUUUCACACCAAAAGCGAAAUAUUACACAAAUAAAUGUCCUAACGUCAGUCAAAAGUCGUCCAUUGUACAUAAAUGGGAAAUGCAAAAUAAAUAAAGAAAUAAAUUGAUAUAUAUACAUAUAUUAAAAGCCUAAAUCAAGGGUUUUUGUGUGCUAUCUAAGGAUUUAAAAAUAUAUAUACUAUAUACCCACUCGUACUACUUCCCGUUCAUUAUUUUAUGCAUAUAUAUAUUUAUGUCUUCCUCCCAUUGUUUUUCAAGAACAGCUGCACCAUUCGAUAUUUUCCGCAAGAAGAAGAACCAAAAAUUUCUAUCCAUCGGCUGGGUCAACUGACAAUGAAGUUGUGCAGCAUGAACGGGCCAAGUGAAUCAGAAGUCGAAAGCCUACUGAUGAGCCCCUGCUGGGGACCAACACAGACCGGCAGCCAGGACCAGUAUCUGCUGGACGGACACAAGCUGCUGCUGGAGCACGACCUUGACUCGCUGCCCAGCGAUGCGGACCAGAAGAACUCCCUAGAUGUGCUGGACAAUCUGCUGCUGAACAGCUCCUCGCUGAAUGCACUGUCCGACCUGAAGCCGCUGCCACCCUUCACCGGCUACACCGGCCACCUGUCCAUCAACGGCAUCUCCGGCCACCACUAUCAUGCGAUCGCCCAGCGGCUGCCCGACGAGAGCAACAACAACUACAUACAGAGCGCCUAUCAGCAACACCAACACCACCAGCAGCAGCACCAGCAUCAGCAUCAGCAGUCGAACAACGGCAAUCAGAAUGCGAAUCCCACGUCCACAACGGCCGCGACGACGUGCAGCGGAACGGGCGGCGGCGGUGGUGGCAAUGGCGGCUCCUCCCAGGAGCAGAAUAUCGUAUCAUCCUCAACCGGCCUGCCCGAGAGCGUGCUCAGCGCGGAUGCGGACGCCUGCCUGAACGAUGUCAAGCUCUUUGCCGAUAGUCAGUUAGAUUCUAAGCUCUACUCCGUAGCGGACAGCUGUGUUAUGAACGCCACUGGCCACACAGGCGGCAAUGGUAGCGGAGGUGGUAAUAAUGGUGGUGGUGGUGGUGUCUCCUCUCUGGCCAGCAGCGGAUCAACGCUGACGCCAAUCGAUCAGGUGGCCGACUCGCUGCACGGCAGCGGAGUGCGCAUCUACAAGGAUCUGACCGAGUACGUGGACAUGAACAGCAUUGAUGACAUUGCGGCAAUCAUUGGAUCCGCGAUAGCGGACACCACGGUGCCCAAUCAGCUGGACAAGGAGGAGGGCAACGAUACGCGCGACAGUUGGAUGGAUCUGGACGCCUGGAUCGAUGGCAACUGCAUACAGCAGGAGGGCAAGGUGCUCGUCUCGCAGCAGGAUUCGCUUAGCGACUUCAUGCUGCCCCACUCGCCGCUGCCGGUGCAUGCGAGCAGCUCCACGCUGCAGAGUCUACUCAGCCAUGGCUAUAUGCCGCUGCUACAGAAUCGCCUGCAGCAUGGACCACCAGGCGCGGGCUCGACGGCAGCGACAACCAACACGCUAAAGACCGAGACGCCCAGUUCUACCUCAUACUGCAACGAGCUGUCGGCGGCCAGCAGCAGCUGCAGUCCGCCGGGCUCUGUGGUCAGCACCACGGACAACAAUCUGAUGAUCAAUCCGCGCUACUUGACCAAUAAUUCCAAUUCCAGCCAACAGCAGCAGCAGCAGCAGCAGCAGCAACAGCAGCAGCAGCAGCAGUCGGCGUACCAGCUGACGCCCAACGGCAGCCUGUCUGGCGCUGGGCUGAAGGACGGCGGACUGUGCAGUCCGGACAUGCUGAGCAAUUAUCCGCAUACGACAAGCACCACGAAUGCGCCCUCUGGCACGCCCAAGGCCAAGCGCUCCAGGGCGCAAAAGAAGUCUAGCCAGCAACAGCAGCAGCAGCAGCAACAGGCCGGCCAGGGGCAGAUCCAGGGCGAGAGUGGGGCGCCUCAGCUGAGCGCGAUGUCGCCGUCGGGCGUGGCCAGCUUCAGUGCCAAUGAUCUGAGCGGUCUGCUGGGCAAGGAGAAGCCGGUACAUCGGUGCAGCAUAUGCAAUCGGGGCUUCCUCAACAAGUCAAACAUCAAGGUGCACCUGCGUACGCACACAGGGGAGAAGCCGUUCCGCUGCGACGUGUGCGCCAAGGCCUUUCGCCAGAAGGCGCACUUGCUCAAACAUCAACAGAUACAUAAGAGAAUUGGGCGUGACUGACCGCGGCCACAUCCACAACCCGCUCGCCACUAGCAACAGCAACAAAAGCAGCUACUGUUUCUGCCCGCUGACGCAGCCACGCAGAGUACAGAGCACACAGAGCACGCAGCUGGAUCCGCUGCACUGCAGCCGCCGUCUGCUGUCGCGCUUCUGUGUGCUGUGCCGGAGAAAGUGCCCGCCAACGCCACCCGGCCACCACAAUCCGGGCGCCGAGCAAUCGGCGACUGGAUGUGCAUGGCCGGGUCUUUGGGUGCGGCAGCUUCUCGUGUAUUGCAUUGCUUGACCAAAGCCAGCCUGGAGCUGCUCACGUAGCCCACAGACUGUUUGCUAUCGCCCCUCCUAAGAACCAGGGAUGUGAAGCAAUGCCAUACACAUAGCACUUGAUAUUCGUUGUUGUUGGUUGCUUUUGAUCUCUUCGCUCUUUGGUAGUUAGUCAGUGACCCGUUUUGGUUAGGGGUCGGGCAUGGGAGGAUGGGUUAUGGUAAAUGACAAAUCUAAAUAGUUUAAUUGGUCUGAAUUCAUUCAAAUGUUAUUUCAUCGAAAUUCUUCAAUACGCAUUGUUGAUGGUGUUUAAUAUCAACCUACUACCUCCACACAAUUUCAUUAGCAUUCUCUUAGAACUAGAAGGAUAUCAGGAUAGCGCUUGUUCGGAUUGACCCAAUGUGAAAAAGGCAGUAAUACCUGUUGCAUGAUUAAAUUUUAAUAGCAGAUAGAAACUAGCUCUGGCUUAUAAAUUGUAACGCAAAGGAAAGUCUAUUGAGGCGCAGCCAACUUAGCUGGGCGGUAAACAAAAUGUCUGGCAACGCCGAGUUCAACUACUUCUUAUAGUUGGUCACUCUUAGAAUCGAUUUCCAUUGAGAAUGAUUACGAACAUUCGAAUGUAAAUUGUCUGUAAGCAUUAAUCAACUAUUAUGAAUUAUAGCACAGCCUACUUAAGUUAUAAAUGAAGUAUUAUAGAUCGAAAUUAAUCUGGGAAUGCAGCCACAGUUUAAAAAUAUUUACUUUGCUUUCAGUCAUAUAUUUGAAGUAUUUGCAAAUUAGUAGUCAAUUAUAGACCUCAUUCAAACAACAUUUGCUUUGUAUUAGAAAAAAAUACCAUUUUUAAUUGAAAUUGAAAUUGAAAUCGUAAAGAAAUAGUAUUUUAGCAGAAUGCUCGGUACAUUUCUGGUGCACAUAAAAUGACAAUAAUAUACUUCAUAUAUUGUAUAUACUUUUCCCAUGGCAAAGAGACCACAAGCAAUGUAAGAACAACGAAGCGUCCAAUUGUCUUUUUGCAACUGUUGUUCUGUUUUGAUGCAAACCUGCGCGCUUCGUGCACCUAAGGCCCUGGCACAGGUAAACACGUAUAAAUAUUUAAUAGAGAUGCAAAUGUAGCUAGAAUUUAGCUAAAGUCUAGCCGAAUGUUCGUUAGGUAAUUGCAUAUAAGAAAUUUGUAUGUCUGUAAUUUGUAUAAAUUAUGUACCUCAUUGUGUUGAAAAGGAACUCUAAGCGUUAAACAAUACAAGCAAUACAAUUAUAAAUUAAAAUAAUAAUAUUAGCUAAAUGUACAAACAAAAACAACAACACGCACACAUUUAUAUAAAACUAUAUAUUGUGUAUAUAUAUAUAUAUAUUUAUAUAUCAUAUAUACUUAGCAUAAGUUGUAGCGGGCUUGGCAAAAUAACAAUAUGUGUUAAAUUUUUUAAUUAGAAGCUAGAAGUAAAAACUUAAAUCGGAAACAAAAAAAAACAACAAACACAAAGCAAAUUAAAUACAAAAUAAUAAUAAUAAUGAUGAUGAUAAAAAAUAUUUAUGAAAUAGUAAAGUACUCAAGUAAUAAAUCUUAUUACACUUACAUUAAAAGUUGUUAAUUUGUUUUUUAAAAAUUUGUUGCUAAAGUUUAUGUUAAUCUUACAAUAAAUUAAACGCGCGAAUUCAACAUGCAUGCAUAUGUCCAAUAAAUAAUAUUUUAAAUAUAUAUUUAUGUUCGUGUGAAAAUCUUGGAAAUAUUUAUCAAUACAAAUCCUUAGUACAUAUUAAAACAAACGAAUAUUGUUGAAGCUAUUUAUUUAAGCGAAAAUUCAUUAUGCAUAAAGGAUAUAGAAAAAAAAAA